UACCUUAAAUUGAAGAGUGAGAAAGCAGGAGGCUCUGAGUUAGAUUGCUAACAGUCUGUAUAGAUGGAGGUGCUUCUGAAAGAGCUCCUCUCUUCUUCAAAGCUUUUGAGUGAUUUUAAAGAAAUGUAUGACUAUGAAAAGCGCUUACAAACCUUCAACAACUGGCCUUUUGUGAAGAACUGCAAGUGCACUCCAGAGAAUGUAAGUGUGAUGGCGAAGGCGGGCUUUGUCCACUGUCCCAGUGCCAAUGAACCGGAUGUAGCCAAAUGUUUCUUUUGCUUGAUAGAACUGGAGGGCUGGGAACCGAAUGAUGACCCGUGGGAGGAACAUGCCAAACGUCGCAGCUGUGGCUUUUUAUCUCUCCCUAAGAGCUUUGAUGAGCUGACAAUGGAGGAGUACUACAUGUUGGAGAUGACUAGGCUAAGAACCUUCCUUUGCAAAACCGGCAGAAGCGUCAUCAGCUCCUUUGAAGAAGAAGUUGCCGCAACUAGGAAACGUCUCGUGGAUAACUUUGUCUCCAAACAUCAAUACACACCUCAGCUACCAGCACCUAUCCAAGCUGAUCCGGCUUGCCGACCUUCUGAAAGUUCCUAUGACCGGUCCGAACAAGUCCAGAAGUAAAGUCUGACUCUGAUGUUUUUUUCCUCUAAUUUAUACGGUAAAACUAUUUUAAUUAACAUGCAAAUAGUAAUUUUAAGUUGAACGGCUGUUAGAGGACGCGUAGAGAUGUUUUUAACAGGCUAUCUAGAGCAAAAGCAGUAACCUUUUCUACUUUUCAGAAAAUGCUUUAUCAUGGCUAGGUGCAGUCGUGCGCCAGUCCCAGUAAACCGUGACUAUAUAAGAAAUAUGUAAGCAAAUAUUUGUAUCUUGCUUGUAGUAGACUGACUUAUUGGAAUAAAGAUAAACAAUGGUGUGUA